GCAGUCAUUGACCUGCUGAUGGCAAGCGAGGCCCGGCAGAUGGCCAGCAUAACGCACAAGAUCCGGAUGGAGCUCCUGACGGUUAACGACGUUUACCUCCUCUCCACCUUCCACCUGCCCCCCAAGCAGGGGGGGACCCUCUUCGGCCUCUACUCCAAGAAGGACAACACGAGGUGGCUGGAGGUCUCCCUAGUGGGGAAAAUCAACAAAGUCUUGGUGCGCUACCUGCGGGAAGACAACAAGCUGCAUUCGGUCAACCUGCAGCACGCGCACGUGGCGGACGGGCAAAGCCACUCCAUCAUCGUGCGCCUGAGCGGGCUGCGCGGGGACAUGCUGAGCGUGGAGCUCUACGUCGACUGCAAGCAGGUGGACUCCAGCGUGGGGCUGCCCGAGCUGUCGGAGAUCCCCCUGGCAGAGGUGGAGUCCAUCGAGGUGCGCACGGGGCAGAAGGCCUACCAGAGGAUGCAGGGGUUCGUGGAGUCGAUGAAGCUGAUCCUGGGAGGGUCCAUGAGCCGCGUCGGGGCCCUGAGCGAGUGCCCUUUCCAAGGAGAUGAGUCCAUUCACAGCGCAGUGACGAGCGCGCUGGCCUCCAUCCUGGGCGAGCAGACCAAGGCGCUGGUCACGCAGCUGACCCUCUUCAACCGCAUCCUGACUGAGCUGCGGGAAGACAUCAGGGACCAGGUGAAGGAGAUGUCUCUGAUCCGCAACACCAUCAUGGAGUGCCAGGUCUGCGGCUUCCACGAGCACCGGUCCCGCUGCAACCCCAACCCCUGCUUCAACGGCGUGGACUGCAUGGAGACGUACGAGUACCCUGGGUACCGCUGCGGGCCCUGCCCGCCGGGGCUGGAGGGCAACGGCACCCACUGUGCCGACAUUGAUGAGUGUGCUCAUGCCAACCCCUGCUUCCCUGCCUCCAAGUGCAUAAACACGGCCCCUGGUUUCCGCUGCGAGCCCUGUCCCCGCGGCUAUCGCGGCAACACCGUCUCCGGCGUCGGGGUGGACUACGCAAGGGCCAGCAAGCAGGUUUGCACGGAUAUUGAUGAAUGCAACGAUGGGAACAACGGGGGCUGUGACCCCAACUCCAUCUGCACCAACACGCUGGGCUCCUACAAGUGUGGUCCCUGCAAGUCAGGGUUUGUGGGGAAUCAAACGUCUGGCUGCAUCCCGCAGAAGUCCUGCAGCACCCCCACCUCCAACCCCUGCGACAUCAACGGCUUCUGCGUGUUCGAGAGGAAUGGCGAAAUUUCAUGUGCGUGCAACGUGGGCUGGGCUGGCAACGGCAACGUGUGUGGGCAAGACACGGACCUUGACGGCUACCCAGACGAGCCCCUGCCCUGCAUCGACAAUAACAAGCACUGCAAGCAGGACAACUGCCGCCUGACACCAAAUUCGGGGCAGGAGGAUGCCGACAAUGACGGCAUCGGGGACCAGUGUGAUGACGACGCUGACGGCGAUGGCAUCAAGAACGUCGAGGACAACUGCCGGCUCUUCCCCAACAAGGACCAGCAGAACUCA